CUUUCUUUCGGGGACUUUCCCUCGUCGUCGACGGGGGGCCUUGGCCGUAAGAGGAAACUAUCUAAGGGCGAGGGCAGAUUUGGCGACAGGGGAGUCCCGUCAUGUAGGAAGGCACAAAUCAUGUGAAGAUGGGACUCUUGGUAUUUGUGCGAAACCUGCUGCUAGCCCUCUGCCUCUUUCUGGUACUGGGGUUUCUUUAUUACUCUGCGUGGAAGCUUCACUUGCUCCAGUGGGAGGACUCCGAUUCAGUGGUUCUUACCUUUGACUCCGCUGGACAAACACUAGGCUCAGAGUAUGACCGCCUGGGCUUCCUCCUGAAGCUGGACUCGAAACUGCCUGCUGAGUUAGCUACCAAGUACGCCAACUUCUCGGAGGGAGCUUGUAAGCCUGGCUACGCUUCCGCCCUGAUGACCGCCAUCUUCCCCCGGUUCUCCAAGCCAGCACCCAUGUUCCUGGACGACUCCUUCCGCAAGUGGGCUAGGAUCCGGGAGUUUGUGCCACCUUUUGGGAUCAAAGGUCAAGAUAAUCUGAUCAAAGCCAUCUUGUCCGUCACCAAAGAGUACCGCCUGACCCCUGCCCUGGACAGCCUCAGCUGCCGCCGCUGCAUCAUCGUGGGCAACGGAGGUGUGCUUGCCAACAAGUCUCUAGGCCCUCGGAUUGACGACUAUGACAUCGUGGUCAGACUGAACUCCGCCCCCGUGAAAGGCUUUGAGAAGGACGUGGGCAGCAAAACCACCCUGCGCAUCACCUACCCCGAGGGCGCCAUGCAGCGGCCCGAGCAAUACGAGCGGGACUCUCUCUUUGUCCUCGCCGGCUUCAAGUGGCAGGACUUCAAGUGGCUAAAGUACAUCGUCUACAAGGAGAGAGUGUCCUGGACUCACAACAUUCAGCGAGAGAAAGAGUUUCUGCGGAAGCUGGUGAAAGCGCACGUCAUCACCGACCUAACCAGUGGCAUCUGAGGAGGGCCCCCGCACGUGGCCCCCAGGGACCGCCAGGAACAAGCAGCAGCCCCCGCCACCUGCCCGCUUCGCUGGCUGAGACGCACCGGAGCCUUCACACCCAGAGAAGGAUAGUGCCAAGUGCCCCCUCCCCCCGCCCCCCACCCGGGAGUGGCAAGACCCUGGCAGGGCAGCCAGAGUACCUGCUGGAGGCCCGCCUCAGAGACAGCACUCACCCUCCCGCUCAGCCUCGGUCCUGGAAGCAGGGGGCUGGGAAGCAGCCUGCCAGGCCCCACAGGCCCAGCAUGCAGGAGGUGACACAGGAGGCAGCAAGGUGGCUGCUGGGAUCCUUUCUCUGAUCAGUGUUUGGUGUAUUCUCAUUUGUGCAUUGGGGGGGCGGGGGGAAAUGGGGAUAAUUUAUUUUUAAAUAAGGUUGGAGAUGUCUCAUGUGGUCUACUUGUCAUGCAGAAAGAGGCCCACUAGAGGGCCCAGCUGACAGCAACUACCCAUCUGUGGGCUCCCUAUAAAAGUGGGGGGGGGUGCCCUGACUGGCCUGCCCACUUCAAGGCUGCAGGGAGGUGGGCAGGAUCCCAUGCCAGCCCCCCUCUAACUCAUGACAUGGCUUGCCCUUUCUUGGGGAGAAGAUGGGAUAUUCUCACUCACCAGCUCCAGUUCACUCCAGAGGGAAAUCCUGGAGUCAUCCCUCUGAGCCAACAAGAAGCCCUAGGCUAGAGCAGAGAACUUUAAAGCUUGGGAGAGGCCUAGCCCAGGGGAAGGGCUCCCCUCUCCAUCUGCAGCUGAUCCAGAGGACUGUGCCCCAGAUCUGGACUGACCAACUUAGCUGCUCUGCUCUGGGUUUCAGCAAGGAGACUGCGGGGGGCCCUUCAGCCUGGACCAGAGGGAAGUAAGGCCCAAGGACCUCACCGAGACUGGCAGCAGCCAUUCUCGGUUGCCACCAUGGAAGCAAUAAAGCUCUUCCCUGAA